AUGACCUCGCAAGCGGCAUGGAAGCGCACGGCCUCCUGCGUUGGAUUUGGUGCCCUUGAUCAGCUACUCAAAAUCCUCACUGCCCCUGCACGUUCAAACGAAAGACCUGAAAUAAACAACGCACACACCAAGCCCGAGUUGCGACGGGAACACCAGGCGGGAGCGCCGCUUCCCAAACAAAAGGGAGAAUCUUCCCCUCGGAGACUCCUGUUUCAUGUGACCGUGAUAGUUAUUGUGGAACAGGAACAUGCGGACGAAAACCCUCUGACUCAAAAUCCGGAGAACUGUGAUUGCUAA